GUCGGAUAUUAUGACGUUCUGGUUGAUUAACACGGUCAUAAUUUAACAGGUUUUUGCGUUUGUGUGUAUAGUAUUUUCCUUAAUGUUAUCAGGAAACCCCGAGCUGAGGAGACGUAAGUGCUAGGUGCUGAUCUAAUGGAAGUGCCAGAGGUUCCUCACACCACGGGUGUUAUAUAUUUACAGAGGAAGUGGCUAAGCUAACUGGGCUAGCGAGUCCAGCAAAGCCAGAACUGAUUGACACAGACUCGCUCGUUGACAUUUUAUUAAACCGUACAUGUUGUUAGGAUUGUGUAUUACUCGUGUGAAAAACAACAUGUGGGAGUUUUAUUGAAUUUCAUUUAAAACUCGAAUUCUUGUGUUCGCUAGCGACGCAUCUGGGGAACGUUAGCUAGCUAGCUAGCUCACUAGCUGGGGGUCCUGAUUUGUUUCCCCACGAAGUUUAGUAGCUCACUCGCCUGUUUGGACUUGUACUCUGCUCUGGGGGUUAUUUCCGAGGGUAUUAAAGUACGGGGCUAACAUGAUGGAGACCGCCGGUGUGUGUGGAAUGGAGGCAGCUACACGUGGCCUUGUAGAGGGUAGCAGCUCCCCUCCAGUUAGUGUGACCCCUUCUCAAGAUAACCUUGGGGAGUUUGGAGGGUUGAUUAACACCUGCUGCAGCGAAGAGGUAAGAGGGGAGACACCCGGGAGAGAAGACUGCCGGAUUGACCCCCUUGAAGGAGGACUGGAGACGAGUGGCGAUCAGAACAAGGAGCAGAAUAUGUUCGGAAAGGAGGUGAUGUUACUGAUGCAAGCCCUUCACACUUUAGCCACUCCAGAGGAGAAACUUGCUGCUCUUUGCAAAAAGUAUGCUGACCUGCUAGAAGAGAGCCGCAGUAUGCAGAAGCAAGUGAAGGCGUUGCAGAAGAAGCAGACGCAGGUCCUCAAAGAGAAGAUCCAUCUUCAGAGCGAGCACAGCAAAGCGAUUCUGGCUCGCAGCAAGCUGGAAAGCCUUUGCAGGGAACUACAACGGCACAACAAGACCCUGAAGGAGGAGAACGCCCAGCGGUUCAGAGAAUACGAAGAGAGGCGUAAGGAGGCCACGCUUCAUUUUCAGAUGACUCUCAACGAGAUCGAAACGCAGAUGGAGCAGCACAACACCCACAACACCAAGCUGAGGCAGGAGAACAUGGAGCUGGCCGAGAAGCUCAAGAAGCUCAUCGAGCAGUACGAGCUGCGGGAGGAGCACAUUGACAAGGUGUUCAAGCACAAGGAGCUUCAGCAGCAGCUGGUUGAUGCAAAUCUUCAGAGGACGGCCGAGUUGAUGAGGGAGGUGGAAGAGAAGCAGCAGAGAGAGAGAGAACUUCUUCUGAAAGAUGCGACAGAAUCGAGACAUAAAUGUGAGCUGAUGAAGGAGCAGGAGCUCCAGCUGAAGCAGCAGCUUACGCUUUACAUGGACAAAUUUGAAGAGUUUCAGACGACCCUCGCGAAAAGCAACGAAGUGUUCACGUCCUUCAGACAGGAAAUGGAGAAGAUGACCAAGAAAAUCAAGAAGCUGGAGAAGGAGACCACUCUUUGGAGGACCAAAUGGGAGACUAACAACCACACCUUACUGCAGAUGGCUGAGGAGAAAACUGUGCGAGACAAACAGUACAAGGCUCUCCAAGGGAAACUGGAACGUCUGGAGAAGCUGUGCAGAGCCCUGCAGAGGGAACGCAACGACCUGAGCCAGAAACUCGGAGCCCUCCAGGACCCAGUAAAGGAUCCUGAAGAGGAGGGGACAGGGCCUCCAGACCCCCAGCCAGAGGAGGCUUUCAGCCCUCCUGCAAGCGUAGGGAUGGAUGGAGAGGUGGAGGGAGAAAUGGAAUGUUUGGCCCCUGAGACAGAGAGGCUGGCGCUGCAAACACAGCUCGAGGAAUCAACCAGAGAGCAUCUUAAUAACGACUGAGCCAAGCCCGCUGAGGGACGAUUGAUUAUUAUUAUUAUAAUAAUUUUUUUUUUGUGGAGGUAUAUAUUUUUGUGUAAUAGUUAAUAAUUAAAACAACAAAAAAAAGACCCCAUCAUUAAUACAUCGGUGAUUGGAUUUAUGAUGAGCACUUUUUACUCGCUUUUUUUCUACCAGGUGUAUUUUUCUUAGGAAGCCGUCAUGUGGUCUAACAGCGACUACAGCUUUAGUGUUUCAUGCUUAGUUCUUUCCGUUUAGGUCCCCCCCCCCAACUUCCUGCUAAUCUGUGCUCUGAUUUCAGACUUGUUCUUUACGAUAAUGUAGCUCUCAGAUCCGGCUUCUAGUAUCCGAUUUCAAAUAAACGCAUUCAGAUGCAUAUAAAGAUAGAGAUAUUUUGACAUAAGCGUCUGUAGUUGUCUAAUUGACAGUGUGAUUGUAGGGCAUUCACGAAAGGAAUGAUCGCGAUCAGGUUCCUUGGACGGUUUACUCCAAACGAAAGAAGCUCGAACGGGUUUUGUUCUUCCGUUUAUAUAUAAAUUUACUGAUCUUAAUGUUAUUUUGUUUUUAUUCAUCUCUGAGAAUAUAUAUACUGCCUGUAUCGUUUUCUUUUCAACAUGGGAUACUCCUCAAUCAAGGGCUAGUUCGACGUAACAAGGCUGCUCCGUACACACAGUUUGAGAAAUGUCCGGACUACUUUCAACACAAUUUCAGAGUUUUAUCGAGGCUCGUUCAUGAGAAAUCCUACCGCUUUAAACGUUGUUUACAACAACAUCUCGGGUUCCUCCGUGUGCAUCGAGGUACAGUUAGAAACUUUCCUUUGAAACUCGACACAUUCAUAUUGUGUAUUGAAAAAGGUUUGUGAACUAAACAUGGGAGAUGGCUUUGUUUCGUUCCAUACAAACCGGUCAUGUGCCCUAGUAGUGAGGCAGAUAAAAUCACCUUUACCCAAGUUGACAAACGAAACCAGACCACCUUGAGCUUAACUACAGUUUCUGAAUGCUUUACAAGGUUAACCAGUUAACUAAAUAUUGGGGGGAACUUUUUGAUACAGUGGCAAAGGGCCUACAUCGUUUCAAUUUAAACCACCAUGUUAUUGUAACGACUUGAGACAUUCCAUAUUUGUUUAAAUGUUUCUGAAAUUCAUAUAAACAUGAAACUUUAGGUAGCAACCAUUUGCAAUAGCUGUCUGGACUUGUAAUACAACCGCUCUCCAUUAGAACUGGAAAUAAACGUGUCUGAAAUUCAUUUACGAUUAAGCUCAAAAGAGGCCUCGAGAUCAUCUUUGGUACUCGACGGGAAAGAUUGAAUGUUGUUUGUUUUUCUGAAGUGCAGUAGCUGCGAGCCUUGUAGCUGUUCCUAACUCUGUGAAAGUUCCAUGUUGAAAUUAUGCAAACUUCGUAGGACACGUAGGCGUAAACGCUUUCUCAUUUCAUACAGUCGGAAAACAGGGUGUCUGAGAGCGUCCCCCUCAGGUCCACGUUGAGCCACCCAGUAACAUUCCACAAUUAUUUGACUUGAGCAAACACAUUCCAGUGUUUUUUUUUUUUUUUUUUUUUAAAAAAAAAACACAGUACUUAUUAAAUGGCUCCCUUUUUGUCAGCUCACAUGGUCACUGGAAAAAGAUUGUUUUAGGAUUUCACUUUUUAAAUUGGGGGAAGAAAAAAAAAAAGCAAGCAACUUGAACCAUGUAUAAAAAAAUAAAUAAAACCACAAGUGAUGCGCUGCUAAAUAAAUCAAGAGGCUGGACCCCCACCAGUCUCGGUCGCAGUUUAGGAAAGGCUUCAACUGCACCACUGACCGAUCCCUUUGCUUGAAUUUGUUGUCGAAAUGUGAAUGUUUAUCAUGCUCUUAAGAUAAAACGUCACACGUUCUUGGCACGUGUGACUUCGACUUCUCUUUUAAGUUAUAAUUUAACCCAGUACACAGUGAGGUUUAGAUUGUAACUGAGGACAGUUUGCUGUUUCGGUACUGUCAGAGUGUCUCUUAUUUACUUUGCUGUUGCCCCAGUUUGAUUCUCAGGUUAUGCAAGAAAUCUACCUCCACAGGCAAAACUAACUGUGAAAGAGGCUAAAGGCAGCAAAUGCUAUGAACGUGUUUUUCUUUCCUUUUCUCCCUUACCUGAAUCUGUGUACCCUGUGAGACCGAAUGCUCUUGUAGCCAUGUCUUGCUUUUCAAUAAAAUGUUUUGUAGAUUU